AUGAAUACUUUACAAAAUGAAAAUGAUACAGUUGAAAGAUCAACAAGCAUAGCAAAAAAAUUAAAGGACAAAAUUACAAACCGAAAAAACAACAAAGAAAAUAACAAAGAAAUAAAAACAAGUUUAUUAGAAAAAAAAAAAAUAGAUAUCAAUUUGAAUUAUCAAUUAAUAACUACAUUUUUAGGUUAUAUUAUAAACACAUUUUUAUAUUUUUUAUAUAUAUCAACUUUUACAAAAAUUUUAGAUAUAUUUAUACAAAUAAUAUCAAAAAUAACACAUUAUAAUUAUCAAAAUUGUAUUCUUACUGAACCAAUUAAAGUGUUUAUAACUUUACUUAUAUGGUAUAACCAUUUAUCGGCGGGAUAUGAUGGAGACCCAUGUUUGCAUCUUUAUAAGACUAACUUAAAACUAAUAAACAAAAGAGAAGGGAUAAUAGCAUGUGUAUCAAACAUAUUAGGAACACUUUUAUACUUUGGGAUUACGCAUGUGAUAUUUGCCAAUAGUAUAAAUAAUAAUGUUAAUGGGAAUAUAAUAAUUGAAGUAAUAAAAACCAAAAAAAUAAAAAAAGAUAAUUCAUUUUUAACAUCAUUUUUAUAUCCCAAAAUUCCAGAAUUUUUUAAAAAACAUAUUAUAAAUUUACUAAUAUAUUCUUUUCCAUAUAAUAAAGGAAGUGUAAAAUAUGGAGAUAAAAUAUUUUUAAAUAAUAUGGAAUUAUAUUCGUCUAUAAUUAUGGAUACAUUUUUAAAUGAAUUUAUUUGCUCUUUUUUAAAUUAUUCUUUGUUAUAUAUAUAUUUAUUUACAAAAUACAAUUUUGCAUAUCCUUUACAAAUUAAUUUAAUUUUUACACAAAUUAUUUCAUUAUUUUCGGGAAGAUAUGAUCAUUUAAUAGUUGGGCCAUAUAUGAGUUUAAAUUGGAUUAUUAACGAUUGUAUAAUAAGAAAAUUUUCUAUUUUUUUUUUGAUUUUUCUUACUAUUUUUCAUUAUUUAGGCUAUAAAUUGGCUAGUCUUAUUUUUAAAAUUCCAAAAUUACCAAUACAAUAUGCAAAGGAAUAUUAUAAAAAUAUCAAACCUGAUCAAUUAGAAAAAUAUAUUAAACCAGAUAAUACUGUUGAUAUUUCGACAAUACCAGAUCAAGAUAUUACUGAUACAAAUAUAGUGAAUAGUUAUUUAGGGAAAAUAUUUAAAUUUUUUAUAGCUAGCUAUUCAAACAAAAUCCAUAAUAAAAAAAAUACCUGA